CUGACCUUGAGCCAGGGACUGAAUACAAUUGCGCUGUAUCCACAGUCGCUUCAGAAGAUGCAGUUAGUUCUCCUGAAUCCACACUUUGCUAUACUCAACCCCAGAUGGUUAAUGGUCUCACUGCUGUAGCUGUUAACACUACAGCAAUGACGCUAACAUGGGCUAAACAAAGUGACUACAAAGGAACGUAUUCCUACCUGGUGCACUAUGGGAUCAAGGCUAAGGAGAAAAACAUCACGACCAUGAAUGAGACUGCCCUCAUCUCUGAUCUCAUCCAGGGUACCAACUACACCUUCUGGGUUACCACAGUGGCGAAUGGGAUCCAGUCUGAUCAAGCAAUUACAUCCAGCUAUACAAGGCCUGAUGUCAUCAGGAACCUCUCCGUCACUAAAGUCACCACAACGUCUGUGUUUCUGGACUGGACUGAACCACAGGGAGAGAGGUCUUACUUUAGAGUAGAGUGGGAAAGUAGUAGCAUGAACAACACAACGUCUACGAAAGAAAGAUCUAUUAACAUCGCUGGUCUUACUGCUGGAACUCAGUACACAUUCAGAGUCACUGCAGUGGCUGCAGAUAAUGAAACUCAAGGCGUUCCUCUCGACACAUCUAAAUUUACAAGGCCUGAUGUCAUCAGGAACCUCUCCGUCACUAACGUCACCACAACGUCUGUGUUUCUGGACUGGACUGAACCACAGGGAGAGAAGGUCUUACUAUAG